AUGGAGCCCUCUGACCCCCUCGACUCCCAAUGGAUCUCUAUCCACAUCCGCGACCACAUUGAGGAUCGUGAUAUCAACAUCCGUGACUCGCUCGUCACUCCUGGCGACUUCCACUCCCCCGAUGACGCCAACAAGGCACUCACAGAAUCCAUGAUCGACAAAAUGACCAUCCCCGGCGGCGGACUCGGCGAAGUCUGCGCGACCGGCCGCCGCGGCAGCGAGGGCUGGCUCGAUCUCUUCGAUGGCGAGAAGAAGAUCUGCGAGCUGCACUGGGACAACCGGCUGGGCCGAUACUGGAAUGACUUUGAAGUCCUGGAUCCCGACGAGGCGUAUAAGGUUGAGUGUUCCGGAUGGAGUAGUACGCAGGGCCCUCUUGGCCAUGUCUUUAUUGAUGUGAGUGAGGCGAAGAAGAAGGAGGCGUUGAAGGAAAAGGAAUUGGGUGGCCUCAGGGUCUUGGAGCAUGCUGGUGAUGUUGGGGUGGACAAGACUGGGGAGUAG